GUUUACGCUGGUAAUAAGAAACAAUCGAUAGGACUUCAAGCAUGGGUAUACAGCUGAAAACAGUGUUGAUCAGCGACGAAAUUGAUGAAAUUUGUAUCGAUAUUCUGCGGAAAAAUGACAUAGAAGUAGUGAAAAAUACAAAUCUAACAAAAGAGGAACUCUUACAAGAAAUCGUGAAAUACGAUGGUUUGAUUGUCCGUUCAGCAACUAAAGUCACAGCAGAAGUUAUAAAUGCCGGAAAAAAUCUUAAAAUCAUUGGUCGUGCAGGGACUGGUGUUGACAAUAUUGAUACAGAGGCCGCCACAAAGAAAGGGAUAAUUGUUAUGAACACACCAGGUGGUAACACACUAAGUGCUGCAGAACACACGUGUACUCUUAUCAUUGCAUUGACCAGAAACCUGGGUGAAGCCUGUAAAUCAAUGAAGGAAGGAAAAUGGGACAGAAAGAAGUUCAUGGGCACAGAACUGUAUGGGAAAACACUAGCAAUUAUUGGGCUUGGCAGAAUAGGGAAGGAAGUUGCAUUGAGGAUGCAGUCUUUUGGCAUGACAACAGUUGGUUUUGAUCCCAUUAUUGGAGCACAAGAGAGUGCCACAUUUAAUACAGAGUGGUUACCCCUUGAAAAAAUCUGGCCUAUCGCAGAUUACAUUACAGUUCACACUCCACUCAUCCCACAAACCAAGAAUCUCAUAAACGAUGCUGUAUUUGCCAAGUGUAAGAAAGGUGUACGUGUAGUCAACUGUGCUCGUGGUGGGAUCAUAGAUGAGGAGGCUUUGUUGAGGGCUUUAGACUCAGGCAGGUGUGGUGGUGCAGGGUUGGAUGUCUUCAUUGAGGAACCUCCAAAAGAUUACACCCUUGCAAAACAUGUGAAUGUAAUUGCCACGCCACAUCUGGGUGCCAGCACCAUUGAAGCACAGACCAGGGUAGCUGAAGAAAUCGCCCAGCAGUUUGUUGAUCUGGCUCAGGGAAGAUCCUUAUUUGGUGCUGUGAAUGCAGCCACCUUGACCCAUGCUCUCAGUUCAGGCUCGCAGCCCUGGGUGAAACUUGCUGAAAGAAUUGGUUCACUUGGUAGCCUGCUGACCAAAACCAUGUCAGUCAACAAUGUGGAGGUGUUGAUGUAUGGUGAAUUCCUUGAGAAGGCAGGAGCAUUUCUUCUCUCUUCUGUCCUGGUUGGGUACCUGAACACGUCAGCUGUGGACAAUGGUGACAUCCUGCCAAGUAAUCUUAACAUAAUUAACGCCCCGGUGUAUGGUAAACAGGCUGGUCUGAGGACUGAGGCUGGAGAACAAGUCCACAUCAAUAUGAUCAGUGCUGCAGGAUAUGCCAAGCAAGCGGGAAUAGUCACCACAUCAACAUAUAAAGGACACAAUGGAGCUGAUGGUCUGAAGGUGAAGGUCGAGUUCCAGAGUGCUGCCGGUGAGGUCCUGGAGAUAUGCGGCACAGUGAGAGGAGAUGAAAGCCUGCUGCUGUCUGUCCAGGGUAACGCCUUCAAGGUCCCUGCGUACCUGGGCGGGGACUCCAUCGUCUACAGGAUUGACAAGCCAGUCUCAUUGGCUGAAAUAUUUGAAGCUGCAGAAAAGGAUGAGGUAGAGGUAGCUGCCAUCUCCGCAUCAGAAAUCAAAAAUGGUCAAGGGUUUGGUAUCAUAAAUUUGGGAAGUCCUGUCAAGAACAACAUCGAGCACCUUGAGAAGAAAUUGAACGAUGUUUACCUGUGCACACUGUAAUUUACCUGCAGGAUUGACUUGGGAAUAUUUUAGUAAGCUUUAAAACCAUUAGCAUUUUGAUUAAAAAAGGGGGUAUUGUUGUUAACACGGGGAUUGUUUAAAAAAUGGAAUUUUUUGUACAAAUUUGAUAUUUCCAAUUUAUUCACACCAAUUUAAGACUACUUUCAAAAUUUGUUUUAGUAAGUUAACACAAAAGUUGUUCAAUGAUGCAGUAAUUAACUAGAUCGUUUAAUACUAUUUUAAAAAUCUUUGUGUGUUAUUUAAAAACAGUAAGGUUGAGUUGAAUCGAGACAUGUUUUAUAAACAUUGAAUGUGAAUGCUUUUCUAUUGGUGGUAGUGAUUAUAGUGAACCAUUCUAUUGGUUUUAAAUUCUCUAGGAGUAGCCUCCCUUUAGAGCUUGUUUUAAAGCAUGCAUUCCAUAAUUUCAGUCUCCAAGCAUGUCUCUCUCCUGCUUUCAACUUAUUUUACUGUUAAUGCUUUUGUUGCAACAUUGUUUUAAACAUUGUCAAUUGUUAUAGAUUUUACAGUAUUACUGUCAUUUUGUUUAUGUCAAAUUGAAAUCUGUAAUAAUUAUUACAAUUGCAUGAAAGUAAUAAAAGAGGAAUUUCA